ACAUCACGUGUGUGUGUGUGGCAACUUUGGUAUUUAGUGGCUGGCGUUGGAGAAGGAGCUGGCCAUGUUUAAGUGAUGCGUUCUGCGUCGUGAGGUGAUUUUGCGUUCGUUUCUGUCGAAAUUGUGAUAAAUUCGCGUUUUCCUUUGUGCCAGAUACAUCUCGCAACUCAGUGCUGUGAAGAAUACUUUCUAGAAAUCACUAGCAUUAACGGAAAUAAAGUGACUGUCAUUCCGUAGGGCAGAUGACUGAGUAGCGCUCUCUUUGCCUUCUUGAAAAGUAUUUCCCGAGCAUAUGGAUACGUUUUUAACAUGAUGGUUUGGCCAAAGUAUAUAAUACUUUGGGUUUGGCUUCAGUUAAUAUCGGCAAACAGAAACGGUGUCAUCAGUGUCUUGGUGAAUUAAUAUCUUGGGGUUUAGAUAUCGAGGGAGGAGGUAUUAAACCUAUAUACGCGUUACUGAUAACGCUUAUCGGGAAUUUCGUUUGUAGAUUGUAGCUGACUUGUCACUGGAAUGGAGACGCGGCCAUUGAGAAGCCAUGAAAUCAUAAACAAUCCUCUAAUGCGUCCACCUAAUUACCAGGCUCUUGACCAACCAUCUCACUCUGCCGCAUCAGCUAACGGAGUUCGUCAGAGUGACUUAGAUGAGGAUUCCCUUCUAGAUAGUCCCAUAGAGAGAAUGGAGGCUGCAAAUCAAGCUAACCAGAGUUACGUGUCCUUUGCCGGUGGUUCUGGUAACAACAGCGGAACCUUUCACGUGGAUAAUGACGAGCAAGAAUUUACUGGGAUUGGACAGUAUGACGAUUUUCACACCAUUGAUUGGCAGCGAGACGUUGCCAGGGAUCGCAUGAGACAUCGGCACAUUAUCAAGAAAAAGCAAGAGUCUUUAUGGGACUGGAUAAAGAGUGGUCACGAUGCAUGGUCGGGAUGGCUGUGUGUAUUUAUGGUUGGGGUUAUUGGAGGUGCUGCAGCUGGCAUGAUUGACAUUGGAACAAGCUGGAUGUCUGAUUUGCGUUUUGGCAUCUGUCCAGAAGAGUUUUGGUUCAAUAAAGAACAGUGUUGUUGGUCAUCAGAAGAAACAUACUCUGCAGGGAACAAUUGUUCAAACUGGUACUCAUGGCCGGAAGUGUUUGGCCAUUCUCCUGAUGGUGCUGGAGCAUAUAUAAUUUCAUAUAUUUUCUAUGUAUUGUGGUCGCUUCUUUUUGCAUCUCUUGCUGCAUCAUUGGUAAUGAUGUUUGCACCAUAUGCUUGUGGCUCCGGUAUCCCAGAGAUCAAGACCAUCCUAAGUGGUUUCAUCAUCCGUGGCUAUUUGGGCAAGUGGACCUUGCUUAUUAAGUCCCUUGGCAUGAUUUUAGCCGUAUCUGCUGGACUAUCUCUGGGAAAAGAGGGUCCUUUGGUACAUGUCGCUUGCUGUAUAGGAAACAUUUUGUCUUACUUGUUCCCAAAAUAUGGAAGAAAUGAAGCAAAAAAACGUGAGAUUCUCUCAGCAGCAGCAGCUGUUGGUGUGUCUGUUGCUUUUGGUGCACCAAUUGGUGGGGUACUUUUCAGUUUAGAAGAGGCUUCGUACUAUUUCCCUCUGAAAACUCUUUGGCGAUCAUUCUUUGCUGCGUUGGUGGCAGCUUUUGUUUUGAGAUCAAUCAAUCCCUUUGGUAAUGAGCAUUCUGUCCUUUUCUAUGUUGAAUAUAAUAAACCAUGGAUCUUCAUUGAACUGGUUCCAUUCAUUCUUCUUGGUGUCAUUGGGGGAGUGAUUGGAAUGCUUUUCAUCAAGUUUAACAUCAAGUGGUGUCGAUACCGUAAGCAGUCUUUGUUGGGUCAGUACCCAAGGUUGGAGGUUGUAAUUGUCACUCUUAUUACUGCCUUCAUAGCCUAUCCAAAUCCCUACACUCAAAUGAAUACAAGCAAUCUUAUAUAUCUGCUCUUUUCCCAAUGUGGUUGUGGAGCUUCCAACAGUGACUACCUGUGCUGUGAUGACAGUUCUUUGAGCCCCUUCUCCCUUUGUAAACCACCUGAUGUCGCAGGUUUCUCAAGUGACUACCAGCGAAAUUUCACCAAUGUUAAUUCUGCCAUAGAGAUAGCAGCUGCAGGACCUGGUGUUCUGAAAGCAGUCUGGCUGCUUUCAUUAGCACUCAUAUUUAAGUGUGUAGUAACAGUAUUCACUUUUGGUAUCAAAGUGCCAUGUGGUCUGUUCAUUCCAUCAUUGGCCAUGGGAUCCAUCAUUGGAAGAUUAGUUGGCAUUGGAAUGGAGCAACUUGCAUUCAAUUAUCCAGAUUGGGCAGUGUUUGCUGGUGAAUGUAGUACUGGUGAAAACUGCAUCACCCCUGGGCUCUAUGCGAUGGUUGGGGCUGCUGCCGUUUUAGGCGGCGUUACUCGCAUGACAGUGUCGCUGGUGGUAAUUAUGUUUGAACUGACGGGUGGUGUUCGUUACAUCGUACCUUUGAUGACAGCAGUGAUGGCAAGCAAAUGGAUAGGUGAUGCAUUUGGUCGAGAGGGUAUAUAUGAUGCCCAUAUCAUCUUAAAUGGAUAUCCAUUCUUAGACUCAAAAGAAGAGUUCAGUCACACUACAUUAGCCCAUGAUGUCAUGAAGCCUGGGCGUUUGUUGGGCAUCAUCACAAAGAAGGAUGUCUUGCGGCACAUAAAAUUCCUCGAGAAUGAGGACCCAGAGUCUGUUUUGUUCAAUUGAUACAAUUCCAGAUUUUAGUUCUACCUACCACUGUUAAGUUACCUUAUAUUUUUAUAGUCAUCCUCGUCGCCUUUGGCUUACUUGUCACAUUUUGCUGAGGAAAGCAUGUUGAAAAUGAGUAUGUUAGGAGGAAAUAUUAUUUUGCCUCAUUAUUUUUCUAAAUUUUGUGGUUUAAAGCAAAAAUGUCGUUGUAACUUCUGACAAAAGCACAAGAACAAAGACAAGUGACUGCUGUUGGCUGGACUUGGAAUGAAAUGGUAUUAACUAGAUGUUCUACAUAGUGUAAUUUAAUCUUAAGGUUACUGUACUCAGAUUUAUUUAUUAAAAUGUAUUCUAUAUAAGUAUUUGUAUGAUUGUUGAGUAUAUAGAAAUCAUCUAUAUAGUUGUAUAUUCUGUAAAAUUUGUUCAUUGGAAGUACACAAGUUAGGUUUUAAAUGGUAAUAAGAUAAUAUAAUUGAAUAAAAGUGUUUUUACUUACUGUGUUCCUCAAAAGUUGCUAAACUCCAGACAAAUCAAUAUUUGUGUAAUAUUUUGUCAUUUCAAAGUGUUACCAAGGAAAAUGGGGAUUUGACAUUUGCAGAUAUUAGUGACUGACAUACGUCUCAUAUUCUAUCCUGUCAGAUUGGGUUUUGUGAAUAUAUUGCAGUCUUUGUAUGCUUUUAGUCGAUAUUGGAUAGGUAUGUAAUUUAUUUUUUUUUCAGGAAUUACAUUCAUAGCUUGAGUAACUUUACGGAUGAUUUGGCGGUGGUGUAUUGUUGUUCUGAAAAAAUUUCAACUAACAAAACCUUGACAUGAAAUAGAUCCCCAGUGUUAAAGUGAUGGCCUCAUUUUUCAAGGUGAUUUCUUGACUGUUCUAUAAGUAGACAAAACCAUAUGUUCUAUGAUAUAAACAAGACCAAACUAUGUGACAUUUUGUGCAACGAGACAGUAAGUAAAUUCAUACGUAUGUUAAUGAGAAAAAUGAUUUACUAUUUUAUUUGGAUUUUCAGUUCUUACAAACUGGGAUUUGACAUCUUGUGAUUCAGUGUAAUGAUUUAGCUGGCUUCCAUGAAACAGAAGUUGAGUCUCUCUUUAUCUCUCUUAUGUGCUCAGUUUUAUUACUGUUAUUUCUUUUGAGGUUCAGUUGGUUUGGAUGGCCAUUUGAAGUUUGUUGACCUGUAAUUUUGGGUUGAUUGUCAAGGAAUUUGUCCAAUAAGGGUUUAUAUAUUGGCUGAUUCACAUAAAUCUAUGUCACGUGAUACAGUGAAUCUUGUUGAUAGAAGUUACAACUUUUUGUUGAGUGCUUAUCAAAUCGAAGUUUCCACUAUAAUUUACAUGGCAGUGAAUCUUGGUGGUUUAAGUUACAGCAUUUUACUAUUGGGCGUUUUAUUUAUCAAAUGGGCGUUUUAUUUAUCAAAUGAAGGGGUUUAGAAAAUAGGUUUUUGUCACCACUUUGAAACCAUGAAAUACAGGAUUUCUUAAAAUGUAACAUGGAAGACUGAUUGUACCCUUAUGUGUGCUAUUUUGUACAUACUGUACAUAUACAUAUAAUUUGCAUAUAGAAUGUAGUUUGCAGUAUGUUGUAAAGUAAAAUUCUAGGUAUUUGUAUGUGUGGCUCUGUAAAGCUUGUUAAAUAGAUGUCUGCAGUUUUGUACAUUGUAGCUAUUGUAAUUCCAUUGUAAAAUUUAAAGAAGUGCCCACUGUUCUCAGACUAUGGAAGAUUAUGUGAAGAUAAAUUUAUUGUCUUUGCCUCGUGUUUGAUCAAAUGUAUGUAGGGAGGGAAACUCAUUUUUAUAUAUUGUGAGAUUGCUAGUGCAGCUGUAAUUUUUAUCCAAGAUAUAGGUUUUGUAAGUGAAAAGUUAAUAAGAUAUGUUGCAAGUUUUGGGCAUGUUUGUGUACAGCAAACAUUAUUGCGGAAUGAAUAGCAAGAUCAUACUGUAUACAACCAAGGGUUGAGCCUGUAUUUCACUACUAAAUAUCAAUGGAUGUCUAAGAUUGUUCACAUCCUAUCUUUUUAGUUAAGAAAGUGUGGUACUAGUCUUUUUUUUUUUUAACACAUGGUGUACAAUUUCAAAAUCCUAUUUCUCUAUAGUGUUAGGCACAUUUUCCUUUCUGUGUGGGAAAUUUCACAAACUUGAAUGUCCUUAUUUUCUGGUGGUUAUUAUUUGAGAACUAAGAUUCGGCUCCUAAAUCCAGAUAAUGCAAUUUAUUAUGUUAAAAACCAGAUUAUGCAACUGUAAUUUAUGUUAAAAUCCAGAUAAUGCAACCUAAUAUAUAUUGACACACCUUUUUAAUAAAAUUUAGUCAUGAUUUUUGCAAACGGACAUAUAUAGAUUAAGCCAGCCUUGUGCUGGCACGGGAUCUUCUCUGUAUUGUUCCAAUUUUAGUGUAUGUGCUGCUGAAGCAAGUAUAUUUUUGCAAACAAAUAGCAACUUUAAGUCUGAUACAGAAAUCCCCUGAAUGAAGUUUAAUCAAAAUCCAUUUAAAUUACCAAAUUCCCAAUCACCUAAAAUUUUACAUUAGGAAUGGAGAGAACUCGUGCUGCUUUUAACCUUUUGAAGGGAAGAUACGAAACCUUAAUGAUGGUGGUGGUGAUCAAAUUUAAAUUCUUCCUCUAUGUAUGAAUUCCUUUGAAAUCUUUUGAGUGGUCUGGUCAAACUCUUUAAUGACAACACUGGCACUAUAUCUUAUUUUCUAUAACUACACAAUAUUUUUUUAUUUUUUUAGAGGGUUCAUUAGAUUAUUGAUCGAUGUGAUCACCUGGAACUGUAGGAUGGGCUUGAAAGACAAAUGUUGUAAAUAAACUACAGUUGUGGGUGUAAAAGUAUAAAGUAGUGAUAUUAACAGAUCCUCUAUGUUUAUGUACAUUAAAAAAAUAAUCAUCACCAUUUACUGUUCUGUAAAUAGGUGUUGUACCCAUAGGUUUACGUUUAGCGAAUGGUAUGUGAUGAAAUAAAUUUGUUGAGUAACAGAAUCUGCUAAACUCCAGAAUGUCAUGGGGGGAAACGACUAAAAAAAAAAUUUUUUUUUUUUCCUAAAAGCUAAGAUGAAUUGGCAGCCUAUUGUUCUCAGCCGUGAAAUUUCAUCUGUAGAACCUUGUCAGUUUCUAACAUUUCAGUAAUUGUGAUUAUGUACUGAAGUCGGCCCUGUAAAGUUUUCAAAACCAUAUGUGAUAGUGUAAGAAUUAAGCUCAUGCGUGCUUAAAAAAAAAUGCUGAUAAAAAAAAAUCAAUUAGUUUUUGGAUGAGCAGUUCUUUUACAAGAUCAGGGUUAUUGUACUAUGUAGUUUUGAAUGAAUGAAGAUAGUUUGAUCGUUAUUAUUACAAACAUUUGUAAUUAACACGAGUUUAUUAGUGGGAAAAUCAAGAGAAUGGCAUUUUUUUAAUUAGUGAAGAGCUUGUCUAAUUGUGAGAACAGCCAUACAGAAAUACUGUAUGAUGUUCUGAGACUGAUCAUUUUGUAGUGCUCUAGAGGAAGAUUGUAUCCCGAGAUUUAAAAAUCUUUAUAGGGCUGUGAUCCCGAAAAUAGGGACUGUAAGGCUCUAUCUUUGAUGAGGGUAAUGUCCAAGAGAAAAAUCUUUUAAUGAUGCAAUAUUUUGAAGACCUUUCAUAGCUGGGAUAAUGUUUUAAGGUAAUAUUUAAUGUUCAGAACAAAAUGAUUCAGUUUGAACAGAUUGUAAUGCCCCAUUUAGUCCUGUUUAUUAGGUUCUUUGCAGAGAUACCUUUGGAAAUCUUACUUUAUUGGAAAAAUUAUUACAAUACUUCUUGUAGAUGGUGGUUGUCAACAUCUACAAUAUUAGAGCUUUACAAAGACAGUUCCUCAAAAUUAUAUUGAUACCAAAUAAUUUUCUUACAAACCUUGAUCAAAUCCAACCUUGGUGUUUUCAUUUUUAGUUUUCAUGGUUUUUUAUAUAGGAAUUUUCUUCAUUUUCACCAGUUAUUUUUAUCAUAGUUUCACUCAAUUUAUUGAGUAUCACAUGCCAUAUAUAUAUAAUAUAUAUAUAUAUAUAUAUACGUAUAGGAAAGGGACAGGUUAAGGUUCCCUCAAAACAAUAUCACAGCCACAUUUAAUUUUUAGCAAGUGCAUAUAAUGUAAUUUAUAAGCUUGUAUGUUCAUUGUCUUUUCUUGUAAUCAAGCCUAACCUGUUAGCCACAGAAUUAUUUUGAGAUUUCAAAGACAUUAGACGACCUUUGUGUUUUAGUAAUUAUUGGAAGGACUCCCUCUCAACAUCUUCAAAUGUCAUAUCAAUGACUGUUUUGCAGUGUAUCAGUGUGGAAAAUCAUGCUAGUGAUAACUUAAAAAUACCUUUAUUCACUGAAUAAUAUACCUGUAUACUGUUAGUCAUCAAAACUGUAACCUAUAGGAUGCUGUAAAAGCAGGCUGAAAAGCACUGCUUGGCAUAGAGGCCAAGCUGCUGAUAUACCAAAUCAGUUGCAGUUUAGAAUAAGUGCUUUUCAGCAUCUUUUUAUGGUUAUUUGCUGGUUCAGAAAUAUAUCUUUUUUACAAAGCAAGCCUUAGACAUUACCUUUGGCUAAUGUAAUGCUUUGAACCAAUCACUGAUAUUCAGUUGAAUAGCAAAUAUUGGGGGAUGUAAAUAGUUCAGGUUCUGGACUUUUGUAUUCAACAAACUAGUCACCCACACUUAUGAUACAGGUAAAAUACUUGAACAGUUACCUAAAAAUAAAGCUUAUGUGCAUCUACA